GGCCUUCUGAUUCCCACAUUCGGCUUUGGCUCUUAUUAUUGUUGUGGCGUACGUGGCUGCGUGUUCGUCACUGCCCAAUCUGCUUCGAAUAUCAUUCUUUCCAUCAAACUUGGUCUUCGUAUAUCCUCAAUCUCUCCUUUAACUGUUGUUUCCAUUUGACAAAAAACGAAGUUGAAAUUCUCAGAUGGCUUCAAUCGUAGUAGUUAAGAUGCAUCCUCCUCCGCCCUCCAUCAAUGGAAGACAAACCCUUUUCGGAACUGUUCACUCAUCUACUCUUUUCGUCCCCACCACAAGACAAGGUCACCUGGCCAUCACAGCAAAGGCUACGAGUGAAAGUUCUGAAUCAUUAUCCUCCCCAAGUGUUGUUAAAUCAGUAAAGAAUAUUUGGGACAAACCUGAAGACCGGAUUGCUGUAAUUGGGUUAGGAAUUGCUGCUAUUGUUGGUUUGUGGGCUUCUUUGAAUUUUGUCACGGCAAUCGACCGCCUGCCUAUUGUUCCAAGUGUGUUUGAAUUCAUCGGGAUAUUGUUUUCUUCUUGGUUCAUAUACAGAUACCUCUUAUUCAAGCCCGACAGGCAAGAAUUGUUUCAAGCUAUCAAUAAAUCAAUAUCAGAUAUCUUGGGCCAGUGAUCUGAAAAUAAUAGGAUGAUACAAUUCAUGUUGUACUUCUGUAUCCAAGCAUUACCAAAAUGCUGAAUCAUUUUACAAAUGAAAUGAUAUUUGCAGAAAUGAGCAACCUUUUUUUUUUCA